CCGCCCCAUUGGAGGACACGUCAACCGGUCGCGUGCUGACGUGCGAGGGGCGACUGACAGUUUGUCCAGCCAGUACGGGCGUUUGUUGAUGGCUGGAGCCCGCGGCUGAAGUUUGCCUCAUUGGCCCGUGUUUGUUAAACUUCCUCCGGGGGAGCCUCGGAGAGAAUCGGCACGUCCUCCAGCGCGUCGCCCGCCUUUUUCCUUCGUCCCGCUGGAGGUUUUUAAAGGAAUUGUGUCGAGUUAAAUCAAGGUGAACGUGGCUCAUGCUACAGUAGCACAAUGCUCGCUGGUGUUCACGCUCACUGAGCGGGGAGGACGUGUGAGGACGUGUGUUGCGAAGCUUUUGUUAGUGGUUUCUAACCGACAGCUGCAGCAUGGCAGGCGACACCGUGGUCUGGAGGAGUCUUAAGUGGGUAAAGCAGGCGGCCUGCAGAGCCCCACCAGGCGGCCUAACUGGCACCGGGAACCAGAGGCUGGUAAACUUUCAUCACACCACUGGAACGGCAAGGGAGAACGAGAAAGUCUGCGUCUACAGAGGCACAACAUUUCACAGAUACUCCACUAUGGCUGCUUGCUUCAGUACAAGCUUAACAGGAAGUGCAAAUGUGCAUCGGAGGACCUGCAGUGCAAGAUGUGAUAAAGGUCUGAGGUACCACAAAGACUGGUCAAGUCGGCUGUUCUCUGGACAUACGAGGCUCUUUAACCAGGACAACACCACAGUGGGGCGGCUGACAUCGGAGGAUAUCGAUAAAGCAAGAAGUAACAAGAAAAGGGACUUUAAGCAGCAUACGCAAGUGCUUAGUGAAAAAGCUCGAGAGAAGAAGGUACCCGUCACACGGAUAGGAAGGCUGGUAAACUUUGGAGGUCUGGCAGUUGGACUUGGCAUCGGAGCAAUCGCAGAAGUGGUCAAGAAGAGUUUAAAACCCAAAGAACAAGGUAACAAAAAGGCUAUAAUGGAUUCGAAUGCUUUCCUCUCUGAAGCCAAUGCUCAAAGAAUUGUCCGGACGCUUUGCAAAGUUCGAGGCGCUGCUCUAAAAAUUGGACAGAUGCUCAGUAUUCAAGAUGACGCCUUUAUCAACCCUCAGCUGGCUAAAAUCUUUGAGCGAGUUCGACAGAGUGCAGACUUCAUGCCUACUAAGCAGAUGAUGAAAGUUAUUUACAAUGAUCUCGGCCCAAACUGGAGGGACAAACUGGAAUACUUCGAGGAGAGGCCGUUCGCAGCCGCGUCCAUUGGUCAAGUCCAUUUAGCAAAGAUGAAGGAUGGCAGGGAGGUAGCUAUGAAAAUUCAGUACCCUGGAAUAGCAAAGAGUAUCGAGAGUGACGUGAAUAAUAUCAUGACUGCUCUGAGGUUAAGCAACGCGCUGCCUGAAGGUUUGUUUCCUGAGCAUCUCAUUGAGGUCAUGAGCCGAGAGCUGGCGCUGGAAUGUGAUUAUAUAAGGGAAGCAAAUUGUGCCAGAAAAUUUAGCGAGCUGCUGAAGGAUCACCCCUUCUUCUGUGUGCCUGAUGUGAUAGACGAGCUAAGCAAUAAGCAGGUUCUCACCACAACACUGGUGCCUGGUUUCCCGCUGGACAAGGCCACACACCUCCCUCAGGACCUCAGGAAUGAGAUUUGUGAGCAGAUCCUUAUUUUAUGCCUGAGGGAGCUUUUUGAGUUCAGAUACAUGCAAACCGAUCCGAACUGGUCCAACUUCUUCUUUGAUCCACAAACUCAUAAGGUUGCGCUGCUGGAUUUUGGAGCUACUCGAGGAUUUAACAAGAGUUUUACUGAUACCUACAUUGAGAUUAUAAAAGCGGCUGCAGAUCAGGACAGAGAAGGUGUCCUACUGAAAUCCAGAGAAAUGAAGUUCCUCACAGGAUACGAGUCAAAGGCGAUGGAGAACGCCCACGUGGAUGCGGUGAUGAUCCUCGGGGAGGCCUUCAACUCAGAAAAGCCCUUUGACUUUGGAAUGCAGAGCACAACCGAGCGCAUCCACAACCUCAUCCCAGUGAUGCUGAAAGAGCGUCUCACGCCACCGCCUGAGGAAACCUACUCCCUCCACAGAAAAAUGGGCGGCUCCUUUCUCAUUUGCUCGAAACUCCAAGCUAAAAUCGCCUGCAAGAACAUGUUCCAGGAGGCCUACAGAAACUACUGGAAAGAUGGAGACCCCAAGUCCACACAUUGAAGACUGCUUUUCCAGAAAGUGUGUUGAAACCAGGAAUUUUUGUCAUGCUGAACAGUUUUUAAUCUGCAAAUUUUUGGGCUCAUCGGGCCAGAAAGUGUUUUGUUACAUGAUAUACUAAUAACUACCUAGAUUUGUUGGUUUUUUACUCUUUGUUAAACUAAACUGUUACAGUACAUAUAAAAAAAAAAUGCAUAUUGGAAUAAUCUCUACCCAUUAGGAAUUUCAUAUCUUUAUUUAACAUUUAAUUGCUUGCUUUGACCUGGACUUCAAUCCAGACUAACUCUUGCUAUACCGUCCUUAAUAAUGUCUCUUUUGUAUGUAUUGUUUGAAAAAUUUGUACCUCAUAAUUAUGUGCCUGUAUGAUCUGAGGGAGUGUACUUCAUCUGACCAGGAUUGUCAGUUGAAAUAAAUUGAAACUGAUGCUGCAAAAAA